AUGGCAGGCUUGGUAGGCUACGCGAGCAGCGAUGAAGAAGAAGUUGACGGAGAGCAGCCGCAAGUGCAGCCCACGGCUCCGUCAAAACAGACUCAAGCACCACCACCACAACCAUCACAACCCGCAGUGACGAGUGCAUCGGAACCCGAAACCACUGUUUCCAAAACGCCACCACAAGCAUCACCUCCCUCUCCGCCCGCCCCUGGGGCCACGCUCCCUCCUCCUCCUUCCAGCGCCACCGCCGCGCCUCUCGGCCCGUCCCUCCAAUCCACUGACCCAUCCUCCUUCGCUCCUCUCCCUGAACCAACCGACCUCCCCCCCUCCUCCUCCCUCCCCCCAUCCUCCCCGUACACCACCACGCGCGCCCUCAUCCACGACCUCACCCUGCCCCCCAUCCCCAACCUCGACCUCCCCUCCUCCCCACCACGCUCCCCAUCCUCCGCUGCCGCCGCCGCUGCCGCCACCGACAAGAAGUGCGCGCACUUCCUCAAGCUCAAGCGCGCGGGCACGCACUUCAACGCCAAGCUCGAGCAGUCCACCGCGCUGCGCAACCCCGCGCUGACGGACAAGCUGCUGCGGUUCGCCGAGGUGGACGGGAGGGGGCUGCAGUACCAGACGACGCUGACGGCGGGAGUCUGGGACCCGGGCGCGUUCCCGGAGUGGGCGUUCCGGGACGGGCUGCGCAGGGCAAGGGACAGGGUGGCCAAGGAGAGGGAGGCGGCGAGGGCGGCGCCGGGGCGAACGAGUGUCGAGUUUGUGCCGGCAACGACAACGAUGGCGGCGGCGGCGGGAGCGGGAGCGGGAGCGGGCAAAGGAGAAAAGCGAAAGGGGGCGUGGCAAUAG